UAGUACAUAUGCUUUACGAUAAUCAGCAUAAAAAUGAAGAAGGUUUAAACAAGAUAUUAUCAUACAAAGCUUCUAUGGGUAAAGGAUUGUCAAAAACUUUACUAAGUAUGUUUCCUGGUAUAGAGCCCACAGUAAGAAACCUAGUUUUACCUACAAAAGAUUUUAAUCCUUUUUGAGUAGCUGGGUUUGUUGAUGGUGAGGGUUGUUUUUAUG